UUUUUCACAUACUUGAGGACUAUACUAGCUGGGACAUCCAAGUUUAGCUUAUCUACUUUUCACCUUCAAGCUCGAUCCAGAGAAACCAAGAAGACGACGGCGAUGGCGGAGAGGGUGUCGAGGCUGUCGACGGAGAAGGCGGUGGUGAUCUUCACGCGGAGUCCGUGCCCGAUGUGCCACACGGUGUUGAGCCUCUUGAUCUCUGAGCUCAGCGUGUGCGUGGCGGUGCACGAGCUGGACAAGGACCCGCGCGGCCGCGACAUGGAGCGGGAGCUCGCUCGCCGCCUCGGCCGCUCGCCGCCGGUCCCUGCCGUCUUCAUCGGCGGCAACCUCGUCGGCUCUACCAACAAGGUCAUGUCCCUGCACCUCGCCGGCAAGUUCGUGCCCAUGCUCAAGGCCGCCGGCGCCAUAUGGCUCUGAAUCCCUCCAUCCAUCGCGAUGAUGACAACAAUAAGCAAUCACACCCUAAAUUUUGCUGGGUUUAUACAAAAAAAUUAUUACACCUUAGCUUGCCUGGAGGAAACUAACUAAUUGCAGGCAUCUAAAUUAAAUUAAGACUUAAUUAUACACUACAGAAUAUGUUCACAAGUCAGAGAUAUAUAUGAGGCGCCUUUGUGGGCCGUCCGAUCGAAACGGAAGGUUAGGAUUAUAGGAUAUAAUUAA